AUAAAAACUACAGGCCGAUGGGUAUCAGUCUGGUUGCUACAAUCUGGUAUGUUCAGGGUUCGUCCAAACCACCCAAAAGUUUUCCCUUGGAAGUGCUAUAGAUCCGGUAUCAACAUAUAACGGCGUACAAUGCCAUGUCGCCUUUAUGAUAUGGAAGGAUCCGAAGAGUGGAGACUGGUGGUUAAAGGUGGGAACUGAAGUGAUCGGGUAUUGGCCGAAGUCUUUGUUCACUAGUCUUCAAGGUAACGCAACGACAAUUGAAUAUGGUGGAGAAGUGUAUUCUCAUGACUUGGCCGAUAACCACACGACGACUCAAAUGGGUAGUGGCCACUUCCCGGAUGAAGAUUUUAAGAAAGCGGCGUUUAUUAGAAAGUUGGCAGUGAUUGACCAACAUAACGAAUUAAAGCCAGUUUCUAAUCUAAAUUUAUUCGCACCCAGACCCAAUUGUUAUGACGUUAGAAAGGGGCGUGGUAACCCUGAUAUUUGGGGUGAUUAUAUCUUUUUUGGAGGACCUGGAUAUAAUCCAAAUUGUCUUUAAGAAUAUAUAU